CUGAACAGGCAAAAAUUUUCAUAGAGCUCUUGUUUGAUUGCACGGGUCAUUUUGCAAGCACACAUAAGUAACAGCUUUUUUUUUUUUUUUUUUUCCCAGAGCGCUACAGCGCGUAUACAUAACAUAAGUGUCACGAGUGGGCCCAUCACGACGUGAAGCCGUGGCAGCACACACUAGCAGCCUUUUCAUUAUUCAUGACUAUUCUUGUGCUUUCGGUCGCCCUGUUAUGAUACAGUCCAAUUCGGAGUAGCUACACCUGAUUUGCUCCGCGCCUCUGUCGGGCGGUGCGUGGCCCUGCGUCGGCCGCCUGUGAACGCUCAUAGGUCGGAUCCAGAAGGCACGGAGAGGAGGGGGGGCGAGGAGUGGGAAGAGGAGGGGUGAGCAGACUGCAAGGAGGGGGAGAGGUCCAGCUGCAAAAAGAAAAAAAAGAAGAAAAAAAAAAGAAAAAAAAAAGAAGAGGAGAGAGUGGGGGGGAAAAAAGAACCGUGACAAUGGCAACAUCAAGCAUCUCCUAAACGGUAGGCGGAAGGAGGCGGGCGGAAGUUGGGACGCUCCGGGCCGCCUUGCGAGCGCCUCUUCCUGGAAUAGCAAGCGCGGCGUAACAUGGAGCGACGCGGCAGAAGAGAGUCGCCGUGUCUCCAUCACUGAGAGGCGCGUCCACCUGCUAAGCGAAGGCCCGGGCUGCUGCUGGCUGGUGGAGCAGGCAAAGCAGGCAAAGCAGGCUGGCUGGCUGGCCGGGGCUGGUGGCCGGGGGACAUGCAGGGGGGACGCGUUUGCAUUUGGGAGCAAAGAAGACGCACCUUCUCACAUUCCGUCCGAAGCUCUCGCGGAGGAUCCGACUGCGACGCGCGGGGAAAGACGCAGUUUUUUUUGGGCGCAGAGGCUCCGAAGAUCACAAUGCCAUCUGUGAAGAUUCUCGUCUAACCUUAUCUGUCAGCCCAUGACCACUGCAAACAGGAGGAGGGUCAGAGGCUCUGAUGAAGUCCCACCCUAACCUGCUGCACACCAUUCCCAUCUCUCUCCCUUUGUCUGGUGGAAGUCUCAGAGUCAUUAAUAAGUACGUUUGUCAUCUCAAGCCAUCAGCCAUGUGUAGGACAGCACCUAUGGAAACAUCAGCACUCAAAGCUUGGAAACAGCAUGACACAGAUGGUGGGACAAUCAAAAUGAUGCGUAGUAUGUGCAGCGUGGAGCCGUAUUGAUGGAUGUGUUAACAGACAACGGUCUCACACUGAUUGUGAAGACUCCCCAGGCAGAUAAUGCAAUUGCAGUGGAGAACACAGCAGGGGUAUGCGAGCAGAGUGGUGACCUGAGUCUUUGCAGACUUGUUGAUGCUGCUCUCCAUCCCCCACCUUCUCCUGCUGUGGAGUCAUUGCAGCGGCUCUGCCCAGCACACCAGAGAACCACUCUCAUAUCACCAACUCUGUCCUUCCCCCUCCAACUUGGCACUGACUCCUCUCUGGGUCUGACAGCAGCUCCAUGCACUCCCUCCCACCAGGUUCCAACCCUAGUCCCUAAUUUUCAACACACUCCCAGUGCCGCAUCACUUCCCAAUCCUGCUGUAAGUUCCUGGGGCACAACAAGAGAUACCCAGAAGAGCAUUCGGUUGCCUGCUGCCACUUCUCUGUCACUAACAAUGAUGGAGCCUGACAACGUAUCGACCCUGACAGAGGAGUGCCUCCUUCAGCAGAGCCGCUCAUGCCUCGGUUGCUUUAUUGAAACCUGCGACGCAACCUCCGUACAGAACCCACCGCACGAGCCUAGCACGAGUCCUAAUUCAGAAACUGGACUAAGUGUACGGAUAGGGGAUGUGAACCGUGAGGAUUUCUCUGACAUCAACAACAUCAGCAUCCAGUGCCUGAGCCACGCAGGGGAGGCAGUGAGUCAUUACGGAGAACAGCUCCUCUCUGACCAGCUACUUAGUUUUCCCCUGCCGAAAGCCUCCGAUGAAGCCAAGCGGGUGGAGGGAAACAAAACUACAAAUGAUUGUGAUGACCCCCAGGAUGAUGCAACAACUAAAAACUUGUAUGAAGGACUGUUAUUGGACAAAGUCAGUGGAGAGGAAGUACUGUUGGCUAACGCCAGCCAGGACUGGGGCUACUUUGAAUCCUUCAUCAGCGAGAGUAAGAUGGAGCUGCUGGAUUUAUGUUCAAAGAAUGAGCUGUCAGUCAACCUCUUCUCUGAAGAAGAUGUUGACAAUUUAUUUGAUGAUGAAGAUGACGACUCUACAUUAAGUAGUGACGUUUGUUCGCUUAAGAUUCGUUACGAGUCAUUUCAGGACAACAUGAGGGAAAAAACCAACGUGCUCCAGGAGGAGACACAGUUCAAUUUUUUCCCGAGUGUCCUGGCUAACUGUGCCAAGAAAGAAGAAGGAGUAGGUGUCUUGAGGAGGAGUGUUGAUGAGCUUCAGCCCAAAACAGAUGAGCUCAUCCUGCAACCAGAACAAGAGGAAAACCCGGGGGACUGCAGUAGCCAGAGCCCUCUUGAUGGCUCCCAAGGCUCACCCAUGUCAACACCUAAAGUAAAUUAUGUAAUAGACUUUAAUUCUACUGAGGAAUCAGGGGAAUUCAGUGAUGACAGCUCCUGCACUGGCUCCUCCUCAGACACUGUCCAGGAGGGUAGAUUUAAGAAGGGUCACUCCAAAAGAUUCCUUAGUCCUUCAAAUCCACUUAACUAUGGUUUGCGCUCCAAAAGAAAGGUUCGAUACAGUGAUGAUUACUUAUAUGACGUUGACUCACUUGAGAGUGAGAAGAAUGCUGAGAAAAAAGAGAAAACCCCACCUGGUCAGAAAGAAGAAGAAGAUGUAGAUUGGUGUCCCAAAAAACGGAGGAAAUCAUGUCGUAAAGAGCCACCCGUGGUUAUUAAGUACAUCAUCAUCAACAGGUUUAAAGGAGAGAGACUCAUGUCGGUGAAACUUGGCAAACUGAACCCUGCGGAUGGUACUGUGAGCUUAAACGCCAACACAAUAGGUAAGUAUGAGACACUGGCUCCACUGAAGGAUUACUGGCAGGCGAAGCAAAGAGAGAGACAGGAGCAGCUUAAACUGGUUGCCAGAGAUAGACAACAACGUGGUUUUCAUCUUAACGGACGCCACCACCGCCCUUUUUAUUCUGGUCAUCCCAAAAGAAAAUACAAGAUCGCAAACAGACUAAAAGUUCAGAGGAUUCACACUGUGGACCAGUCAGUCAUUGUACAUGGUUCUCUGCCCUCUGAUCAGGGACAUGGCGGUGUCUCUAAAGAGGAGGGCACCCUCAUCGUGGAGGAGAUAACAGCAGCUUCGAACAGCCCAGUAACAUUGGACUUAAACUCCAUCUCUGACACUGUUAUAAUCAAGAGUCGCUCGCAAGAGAGGGAGGAGAGAGAGGGGAGGCGGUUGGGAAGAAAUAAAAUGGUCAGGAUAAGAAAAUUUAAAAGCGAGGCCAGGCUGAGAAGCCUGAAAAAGAAAGAGGCAGAAGGAGAGGACAAGAGCCUCACAAAUGAAAUGGACGCUACUGCAGCAAACACGGAGGACCUUGCCGCUGGUCUAAAAGAUGUCAGCAUGCACUCAACCACAGCCAAACCGGAUUUCUCUGACAGUGCCAUCACGACUGACACAGACAAGGUGAAGUUCCCCUAUGUUUCAUCCUCUGGCUCUCCUGGCAAACCAUCUCCUUCAGAGGAGGUGGAAACUGGUGUUCCUGUCAUCCCAGGGGGCUACCUGCAGACCCUGCUUGAUGCAACAGACUCCUCUGGAGGUACAGCUAUCCCAUAUUUCCCUCAGCAGCCCUCCAGUCAACAGUAUCCUGUGGGCCUUUCCCUCGAAGAGAAACAAUUUUGCUCUCUUCAACUUGCUCAAAGCUGUGUACUCUCACCUCCUUCAGAAUCGGAGCUUCAGCAGUCUCCCCAGAAUUGCCCCAGCUUCCCCCAAAUGUGGCAUCCACAGCUAUGCACCAAUCAUAGCCAGAAUUUUGGACCUGAGACCCCAGAGACCCCCAUCUUACCCAACAGCUUUCCAGCUGCCGUUCCCAUAAAUGAGAACUUGCCCGUUUCCAACUACAGCCAAGUAAGCCCCGAGGCUGAGCGGAUACUCUACGAAAAGAGCUACCUGACUGAGCCUGGACUACAACCUGGGACAGACCUCCAAGUGUGUCAGUCAACCUGUGUAGAGGGGCAGGUGCAAUACCAGAGAGGGUCUCUCUGCACUGACAAUGGAAGACUCAUCAGCUACGACUCGGUAGGCUCAUUAUCAGCCUCCUCAAGCAAUUACAGUUCACUAAGCCUCAAAUCUUGUGAGCGAGAGGGUGAGGAGGAGGGCAGGGACAGUUUCUUAGCACAUUGCAGUCCAAAAAUGGUGAUUCAGCAGAGUAUGGAUGCCCUCACACCACUCCGAGAGUCUUCAGACCUGCUGGACAUCUCCAACUUUACCCCUGACAAAUUUAGACACUCGUCAUUGUCAGAGCUUUCCCCGCCCGAGACGCCCAACCUUUCCCCGCAGGUUGCGGGUCGUGAGAUGAAGAUACCUGGGAAUGCUGGAAAAUAUCAAGAUGUGAAUGAUAUUUCUACAGAGCGCAACAGAGAUGUCAAGUGGAACUGUGAUAUUAUGCAGCAACAGGAGCACACAGGAAAUGCCUACACAGUGGAGGACAGCCAGUUUCCACUGCAUAACUUUAACAGCCAGGAUGUGUUAUGUGUAGAUAAAAAGGGGGAUUUGGGGGCCACAGAAUUUAAUGAACAGAAUGAUGAAAUGGCUGAGGCCAAAAGCAUCAAGUCAAAGAGGAAAGGCAAUUACAAACAGACAGCUGCAGGACAGAGCCCCAAAAAGGUCCGGGCCCCCAGAACUCCCAAGUCAGAAAAGGUAAAAACACCCAAACAGAAUUCCCGUUCAACCAAAAAGAUUAAGGCCAUGUUAGAGGGCAAGGCAGCCAAGAAUCAGGUAGAGGGGGGUGGUACAGGCCUGACUGACAGCACAAGCAGCGGGGACUGGUGUGCCACCGGGUGGUCAGAGAGCAACAGCCUAGUCGGAGACGACCAGAGAGAGUUUGAGGAGCCCUCCAAUAUUCUGUCCAACAUUGUCUCCGGCAUGGCUGAGGUACAGAGAUUCAUGAUGGCCUCCAUCGAGCCACUGUGGAACCCCAUGUCCGAGGCCGGUACACCAUCUGAGGCCAAUAGCCUCAACCUAAAGACCCUAAAAAUCUUGGCGGGCACUGAAUCUGACCUGAAGAAAAAGGGUGCCAUUCUAACGGGGGCUGGAAGAGGCAGGAAGGCCGGGGGCAAAGGAGGGAAAAACCAGGCCAAAUUCAACCCCGCUCAUCCCUUAUUCCCUCAGCUCGCUCUGGGCUGUGACAUGUUUGAUAAACCCAACUUUAUUAACCCUGGGCCCGCACACAAAAAGUUGUACCGCCACAAGACCAGUGCAAAAUUUCCUCGCAUUGAAACGCUGAAGGGGAAACGAGCUGAGAGAGAUUCAAAUAAGGACAUAGCACUGAUGACCUCUUUUGAGAAACUGAGAAUGUGGAUGUCCUGUUGUUGCUGUCCUUCAUACACUGCCUGGCUCAUUACAAGAGGAAAACCUACAAUUAAUGAGCCUUAUUUAAUCCCACGGCAUCUUGAAAACACAAGAUGGGACCAUUUUGUAUUGAUGACAUAUCAGACGUCUUUUCCCCCCCUCCACCCCCUCAAGGACGGAAUUAUUUUCUUUUUUCAAGCAGUUCUUUUUUCUUCUGGAGCGUGGAGAAACUGAUUAUCUACAUUUACAUUUUUACGCCUUGCAAAGUCAUAAAAGCUUCACCCUCAGAGUAUUUUUGUCAUUGUUGCUGUACAGGGACAUGCAAUAUUUGCAACAAAAAAGAGAUAAUUAUACCUUAAUCAAUGUGCCAAAAGUAACGAUGCUAUGUAAAUGACCUCUUAUAUAUGUGUGAAUAUUGGCUGUUCCUACAGUAUAUUCUAUCUACUGGAAUAUUGGCUCCUUACAGAGACUUACCACAACAAGAAUUCUUUGUUUGGGACUCUCUCUUCUCUCGUCUGAUGAAAGGCACCAACAGCUAGCAGUGGUACACCACCACUCACGAAACCAAAUCAGAAACACUCUUCUUGUCCCCCCACCCCCAAUCCCCACCACCACACUUUGUUUGCCAAAUUCAAUUUACCUCAACAUCGCCUGGCACUGAAAAGCAUAAAGAGAGAGACAAAAAAGGGGAAAUCUGCUCUGAAGGCUACUGAAGUGGAAGAGAAUGAGAGGAAGAAGCAUUCAAACAAGUUUUCAGUGGACUGAGGAGAAUGUAGUAAAGAUGUUUAGGGCUAAGCAAGGAAAUUAUUUGUCAUUUGGGGCUGAGCCUCAAUGAAUAGCUCUUUUGGACUGAAAAUUCAAGGCAGUUUAGAACACACAGAAAUGGCGAUGUGCGCGUUAGUCCGGAGUGGGCGUCGGAUAGGACAUCCUUUGCAGUUCCAAUUCCAUGUGAAUGUGAAAGCAGUUUUCAGUACAAGUGGAAUCUUGUGAAUGAAGGAAAGCAUGUGUUUUCAUUAAUUCCGUGUGGAAAACUCAUUUUGACUUCGUUUUCUUCACAAUCAUAUGGAGUUUGUUUUUAAAUGAUGGAUACCAAUGCUAUGUAUCAUUUGCGCUAUAGGUGCAUUCACGUUUUUAUUAUUUCUGCUUACUUUUUCCAUGGUGUGUUAUUUUUUUUUUCCAUGGUUGUCUUUCGUUGUCAUCAAAUUUCAUUCCACGUUUUGGCAGAAGAUCAAUACCAUAUAAGUGCAUAAUUUUAAAAAACGAUAACGAUAUUCUAUCUGGUUCCAUUUUUUUCUUUUAACGACUAUUCAUUCGUUGCAGAUUCAAGAUUCAACCUUAAACACAAUCAAUCUGUUACAAAUGGCUAGAAAAAAAAUAUUUUAUAAACUGUAUUUAAAGGAGAUGCAGCUUCUUUGACAGAUAUAUAGACACGACAAAGGCCUGUGUUAUUUUUGGAGAUUUUAUUUGAAGGCGAUGAAUGCAGACAUGGAAACUUGACUUAAAAGCGGGCCUCGUCACAAAGACCAUUGUGGCACAAGGAUGAUAGUAAUAACAUCAAAUCAAAUUGUAUUGCUUUUUUUUUUUUCUUCUUUCCUCUCUGCCCUGAUCCUUGCAUUUCUUUCCUCCAGAAUAUUAUCAGGGUUAGGACCAAGACGAGCUGCUGAUAGGAAGCUCCACAUGGGUUUCAAACCCAUUUAGUCUGCCUUCUCUCAUUUCUGCCUAUUGUCAUAUUGAAUGUACUUCUCUAAGUUUUGUUGUUGUUUUUUUUUUUUUUUUUAUUUCAAAAUGUGCCACUGUUGAGCUGCCUCAUUUUAAUGGUGCUAAGAAAGCUGACAUUUUGCUUUGUUUCAUUUGUUUUCCCAGAAUUAACAAACAAAGAAAAAAAAAUGCAAACUAGAUUAGGUUCCUAAUCCUCCUUAUGAAUGUAUAUUAUAAUGUUAUGUUUGAUGUGUUCACUUCAUUAUUCUUUGACAUUGACUGGAAUUACUUUUGCUCUUUUCAUUAAAAUAUUGCCAAGCUUUAUAUAUACUGUCUAGAGUUGUUACCAGAAGGAAUCUUAAUGAACUCUUGACACAACAAAAUCUUGUAUAUUUUUUGUGUGCCAAUUUGUAACAUAUUUUGUAAGUGUAUAUUUUUCUUAGAAAGUGCUGUGAAGUAUUUGUGUGUGUGUGUGUGUGUGUGUGUGAGUAACCUUUUAUGCGCCUCUAUGGGCAGUGGAAAGGAUAUACAACGACAGGAUUCUGGUUUUAAAAACCAAAAUAUGAAAGUAUCAACAAAAAAUAGAAAUAUUUACAUUUUGUUGGGAGUUUUUGUAAUAAGAUCAUGAUCUUGUUGUGAGAGUGUUGUGUUGCUGUGUAAAACACAAAUAAGCAAAGAAAAAAAAAAGAAAACUUUGGCGAGAAAAAAUAUAAUUUGUGAACAAUUUGCUGUUUUAUAGAUUUUCAUGUAAAUUAUUCGAGUAUUAUUUUUUGGUUUUGUUUUGUUGUAACUGUUGCAAAGGUUUUAAAUAUUUGUGAUCCAGCCUGUAUGGUGAUAAUGUAAUAUUGGUAAAUUGCUGAGUUUUGUAAUAAUGUUU